CAUUCUCCAGAUGAGCCUUUGAAAUGUUUGCAAAAUCUUUUAGAUUGCUAUUGCACAGCUCCCAGUUAAAUCUCUCCAUCUCUUUGUUGUCCAGUUUCUCCAGAAUGGUCAGCAACAACUCAGAGACAGAUGCUGCCAUUGUAGAACACUAGAUACACUGCACUAGGUAGUGAAACGUACAACUUUGGUUAACUUUCCCAUUUAACAGUUGCCCUUGGAAGUCACAGUUGUAGAUGUUCUCUCUUAAUAAUCCUUUUGUUUCUACCAAUAAUUCCUGUGUUGCUUUUUCAGUCAGAUGGAGAGAGAGCGAGAGUGAAUUUUUUUUUUUUUAAAUCUUUCUGGGUGUUGACAGGAAACCGUUAGAUUGUGUGUGUGUGAACUGUGUGAUAGGUCUGCCAAACUCCCUGCUGUUGGCUGAUUGCCCAGAAGCAGCUGACCUUGUUCACAGACCUCAUGCAUUUCUUGUAAAUCGUCUGACUUCCUUUCAGACGUUAUAACAAAUAUAUGGUAACAGGUAUAACAAAUGUAAAUAUAAGGGGGAUCUGUAAGAGACUAUUUAGUGACAUCCAAUCUGUUUUUGCUAUACUGUCUCGUAGCUUUCCAUUAUUGUGAUUAUAAAGACAAUGUUAACUAUUUCGCUAGAGCUCAUAUCAACUGUGCAGAAUUUACCAUAACAAACUAACAAUGGGUCUCAUAUCUACUUGUAGCAUUUUGACAUUGUGGGUAGUCUGGGUUUGUUAGUGUAAAGAUGGGAACAGUGGUACACCAGGUGUCCUUGGAAGUGCUAGUAUAAGUACUGUGUCAGGGGUUAGCUGGUGUCGCCUGGGGGACAACAUAAGAUACUGUAGGAAUGUUCUCCAUAUGUUAUUAUAAUCAUUUAGUGGUUCAUUAAUUUAAAACGGUACAUCUCUCCAGGUACACCUCAAACAGACUGUGGAUUUCUUAUGCUCCUCACAAAAUAAAUUUGAUUAAUUACAUUGUCUUUUCCACUUCUACACAAUAACGUUUUGGCAAGUCAAUGAAAUAAAUCAAUUCAUUUAUAGAGACCAGAGAGUACAUCAAUUCAUUUAUAGAGACCAGAGAGUACAUCAAUUCAUUUAUAGAGACCAGAGAGUACAUCAAUUCAUUUAUAGAGACCAGAGAGUACAUCAAUUCAUUUAUAGAGACCAGAGAGUACAUCAAUUCAUUUAUAGAGACCAGAGAGUACAUCAAUUCAUUUAUAGAGACCAGAGAGUACAUCAAUUCAUUUAUAGAGACCAGAGAGUACAUCAAUUCAUUUAUAGAGACCAGAGAGUACAUACAUUCUACUUUGCGGAGAUAAGGACUGAGCGCUCCAUUCAACAACAAACAGCAAGUAAACCCGGGAUUAAAUCCAAGGUGCGUUGUAGAGCAGUGGACUGGAUAUUCGACAAAGCGCAUUUUAAAGCUCUUUUGUUCAGUGUUGAGAGAAGAGUUGGGACCCUGCUAUCACCUCCACUACCACCCUGUAACCAGGCCACGAACGCCAGACUGCCAGCCACCAAAGUAGUUCUCAUUAUUACGAGAUGUGGAAGAUCAAACGUAAGUGGCCCCACCAUUUUGUGGCAUGCAUGCUCUUUCACAUUCAGUCAAAACGAAAAUAACAAAAUGACUGCAUAUGGCAAGUCGUUUUUCCCUACACACACAGGCUACAGUUCAGUAUGGCUGAGAGACAUUCCCAGCCAGGCAACUAAUAGAACUUGGUAGAACUCACACCUUAAAUUCCUUUGCGUUACGAUGUUGAUUAGAGAUUAACAAUAUAAAAUGCCACUGUACUGCAUUCCUGAUGUAAAACUUCUCUUACAGCCCCCAUCACGUACGCCUUGGAAGCAAAGUACAGGCCCUAUCUUGAGGUAAUUUUGCAAAACAAUUUGAUCCAAUCUAAUUCACUGCAUAGCAGGGACUGAUGUUCUAUAUUCCUACUGUGCAUGGUAACUAAUGAAUAAACUAUGUGGAUGGAAGCCAUCGCAGCCUUGAAAUGCUUUCAAACAUCUGGUCGGACAACAAGGCCAGCAUCAUGUUCACUAGGCACCGGAUGGACUGAAACAGGGAGUGAUUUCCUGGCCUUUCCCCUUGCCCCAGGAAAUUCCAGACUGACCUGGAAUUUGAAUUGAAUUAAAUGGAAUGUACAGGGAGCGAGAACUGAAUGAAAAUGCAAUUUGUGGAAUUGACACCAACCCUUGUAUAAUGUGACACUUUAUCCUCAACUGCAAUUAAAACUAAAUGUAAUUGAGCUCAUUACCUCCAUCAGUUUAUGUUGAUAUAUGUUUUAGGCUUUUAGUUUACAUUUUCAGAAUAAGAAUAUCUGGGCUGCUAUCAAUUAACAAUCUUGAGGACUCCAAGCAAAAGCAAUCAAUACCCAUCCAUGCUCCUUCUCACACAGUAGUUUGAAGUAACAUUGUAAUGGUACGUGGUGUAAGAAAGAGGAUAUACUAAUUCAGUAGUGCACAGCAUCCCUGCACAAACCAAUCAGACCUAUAGCAAACAUGAUUGAUUGACACUUCUCCGUUCAGCUCUGGACCAAUUGGCAGAGGAGUUGCCAGGGAAGCUGUACUCAAGGGCCGAACUGUCACAUGAAAAAGAAGACAAGGGAGUGACCGUGGGAGACCCUUCCCUUUCCCAAUGGGGUGGCCCGUGACUGGCCUGACUCCAGAGCUGUAUGCUUGAAGACCAUGCUGACCAGUGUCCUGAGGUGCAGACGGACUGUGUUUAUAAGAAAUACGGCUGCUCUGUCCGGGUUGGCGGACAUAUUCUCUGUGCUUUGGAAUCCAAUUCUACGCCCAAGGAAAUCUAGUUUUAGUCAGACAAUCUCAAAGUCGCAAUGAUUGCAGUAUCUCAAUGAGUCAAAGUCCUUAUGCGACCCUCUUGGGAGAGGAGAGCCCAAGUUAAAGUUCACAAAGAAACCGCUCUCAAUCACCACAUCCUCCUGGUUCUGGGGAGCAACACCAAGCUGGAGACACAGAUGGAAAUCCUCCAGCAGGAGGUGCUGCUGAGGCACAAGGAGCUCCAAGAGAGGAGCCGCCAAGUCAGCGGUCUGGAGGAGGUGGUCCGCCCGCUGGCCCAGCAGGUCAGCCGAAGUGACAACACCCUGUCUGCAGUACAGGGCUCUCUGGAGGACCAGAGGGACCACAUCUCCAGCGUCCAGCUCCAGCUCGAGGAGCUGUCCAGUGUGUUUGGCCAUGGUGUGGCCCGGGAGGAACUGGGCCAAAUCAGAGUGUCCCUGGAUGCCCUCAGACAGCAGGUGUCCGUCACGGAGGGGCUCAAAGACCACCUGGGGGAGUUGAAGGAGACUUGCAUGCGCCACUCGUGCCUCCUCAGCAUCCACACGGCGCAGCUGGAGUGCAACGAGGAGCACUUCAGAGAGCUCGAGUCCUCCUCGUACGACGGCAAGCUUAUCUGGAAGCUCCGCGACUACCGCAAGAAGGAGGCCGGGGCACGAGGCCAGGGACCGUGCCUAAGCAGCGCGCCCUUCCACAUGGGCCGCAGCGGCUACAAAAUGGCCGCCAGGGCCUACCUGAACGGCGGCGGGGCAGGCCGGGACACCCACCUGUCUCUCUACGUGGUCCUCAUGAGGGGCGACUUCGACCCCCUCCUGCCCUGGCCCUUCAGACAGCCUGUGUCAUUGUCAGUGCUGGAUCAGAGCAGCACCAACAACCACCUAGCUAUGAGUUUCAAACCCGACCCGGAAAACACUAGCUUCCACCGGCCCGGCUCGGCCGCUGCAAACGCCAGCGCCCCCACCAACGUGGCCUCUGGUUUCCAGUGCUUUGCCUCGCAUGCCCAGCUGGAGACGCCCAAGAACGCCAUCUAUGUGAGAGACGAUACGCUCUUUGUUAAGGUCAAAGUGGACACGAGCGGUUUGGAGGACUUAUAGAGGGGCCUUAAAGAACUGGUUUGAGAUCAUUUCAAAAACAGUUAGCUAAUGUUACAAAGCUCAGUGCAGGCCAAGGCCUCAGAUGUACUCCAAAUUGAGCAAAGUAAGCUUGCAGAAAUAGUGUCAGCAAGUCCAUGCUGUUUUCUCCCAGAUACUUAAAUCAUAAAGCAAUACAGAAAUUGCAGUGAAGUAUUUACAUUUAGUAUUUCUUUAGCCUUGUCUGCAGACUGCUUGUAUGUGCUCACUGAGGAUUCAAGUGUUAAUGCUGCCCAAAUAUAUUAUAUUGAAUAAUAUUUUUUUUAUUAAAGUCCUACAAUCAGAGAAUCACGCAAUCUAUUAAUUAAUUAAUGACAACUCAGGGAUUUUAAUGGACAGCUGUUAAAAAGUUAUUCAUGUAAUUAGCGUACACUUUAUAAUACCUUUACUGAAUAAGCCAAUAUACAGUACAUGUUGAAUGUUUAUUUAAAUCCUUAUGAAUUUAGAAAUUGAAAUGUUAAAAGUUUUAAAAAAGAAUGCUUAUUCCUGAAAGUUAUUAUAAAGUGUUACCAAUGAUGAAUGAAUUGUGACAUGCGUUUUUUCUUCAAUUUUGUGGUACAUACAUAACAACAAUUAUGUGCAUCACAUGUGAUAUCCAGUCAGUAAAUAUGUAGACUGUGGUUGUGGGAUAACAUUACUUUUUUGUUGGGGAACAAUCUUUUGCAACAUUUUCCUACGUACCCUAUCGUAUGACUGUACAGUGUUAACGGUAAAGCAACAUUAUGUGGGCUUUCAUGUAAAAAUAUUAUGGGAUACCAAUGCAUAACAAAGGAUACUUCAGUUACAGGUAUUCAUUAUACAUUUCUAUGGGAAUGCAGUGUUCUUUUGGGUAAAUACUGAAAUUCCAAAGACUGGGAUUCAAUCCGAGGCACGUUAUAGAGCAGCGCACUAAGCGAAAGAAAAUGAAUGUGAUCUAUGCAAAAUAAAUAGCCUUUUAAAUGGUGCAUUGCCGGCUGUCUAGUGUGCUGCUCCAUUAUGGAAUCCCAGCCUUAAAAAUAAGGGAAGAGUAACAACAC